AUGGACGUUUCUCCAAAGACUGUCCUCAUUCAUUACCACGGCGGUUUCCUAAUUGUGGGAGAUCGAUAUAGUUACCCCCCAUACUGGCUGUUGCACGCUUGCGCCUCCCGAGAAUGGACUUUUGUAACACCUGACUAUCGUCUGAUCCCUGAAACUACCGCUCAUGCUGCUCUCGAUGACGCAGUCCAUGCUUAUGAAUGGGUGCAUUCUGUGCUUCCUGGCCUGCUGGGUUGCCAGGUCAGCUCAGUGUUGCUGGCAAGCUCGAGCGCUGGAGGAUACCUCGCAUUAUCGACAGCAAGCGUGGUAGCUAAGAAGCCCGAAGCCCUGCUAUUGAUCUAUGGAAUGCUUGAUCCCGCAGAUUACCUUACUGGAAUUAGUGGUCUCAGCCAGUCGAUCGCUAGCAGAGGUAUUCAGGCGAUUCCUGUGGAGUGUAGUCUGCGAGCCCAGAAAAAGCUCAGAGCCGCGGGCUCUGACGUGUUGGUUGAGUUUCCAGAAGAUGCUGAGCAUGGCUUUGAUGCACGAAUUGGCAACGUAAAUGUGGAGGGACUGAAUGGGGAUGGUAUCCCUACCGUGGAAAGCUUGCGAAGAGUCAUCUGCUUCCUCGACUCAUCAAUAGCAAAUGGACCCAAGAUUAGUUAG